AUGUUCACUUCUACUCUCAUUCUCUCGCUCAUUGCCGCCGUCGCGGCCGACUGCAACUCCAAGAACAACUCCGGUGGCGUGGUCCCCGGUGCUAAGGCUCAGUGCGCGCUCCAGUUCGACGGCCGCAUCCCCAAGGCCUUCACCGCUGCCGAUUUCGAUGGAAAGUCCAGCCCCUUCAACACCGCCAAUGUCUUCGGCAAGGGCUUGAAGUUCAGCGAGCUCAUCCAGCUUCCUGAGGGUCUUUCGUCUCUGUUCGAUGUCAAUGCCACCAAGCCCCUGGAGGUCACCAUCAAUGACAAGUCCAUCUUCGCCCCCAGUGAGACCAACGUCCAGGUUGGUUUCCGUCGUGCCGAGUUGCUUCCCCUCAGCAACGAUGGCAAGGAUGCCUCUACUCAGGGUAUCAAGACCCUCCACUUCAGCGUCAUGAAGGAUGCUCAGCGCCCUCUCAACUUGUCCCACGAGUACCAGCUCGCUUUCCUCGAGAGCGCCGACUUCAGCACCAACCAAAUCGUCCUCAAGACCGGCUCCAUCAUCGGCGCCAACACUGCCGAUCCCGACACGCUCCAGCUCUUCGGAAACGUCAACUCCAAGCCCAUUCCUGAGCUCUUCAAGACCAAGUUCACCGAGGGUGUCUUCCACAACUUCGCCAUCAAGCUCGACUUCACCAAGAACACCACCGAGGUUUUCUACUCCCAAGGUAACUCUGCCUUGAAGUCCCAGGGCAAGCCUGUUGAGAACAACAUCUCCGGCCAGGGUCAGUACCACUUCGGUAUGCUCAAGAAGCCCGUCAACGGUGGCGAUGACAUCACCAAGUCUGGCGACCAGCCUUCCAACAUCAACGAGGGUAUCAUCUACGGCGGCAUCUUCCAGGAGGACAGCUCCAACGGCUGCAUCUCCCUGUCUCCUUAA